AUGUUAAAAAAAUUAAGUCACUUUGCACGUCUUGACAAUCGAAGCAUCGUUUCUAUCAAAGGAAGAGAAGUCUGUGAAAUUCUGUAGGGAAUAACCACAAAUGACCUUCGCUAAAUCCAGCAAUCACAAAGUACAUUAUUCCUUAAUACAAAUGGGAGAGUCAUUUUAAUCGUAUUAUUAUGGUAAUAUUGUAAUGAUGAAAUUUGGAUGGACAUAGAUAAAGAAAUCAAAAGCUCUUUAAUAAACCAUAUUAAGAAAUUCUUGAUUAGGAAAAAAGUCUAAAUUACAGAUUAUGAAGAUCAACUGCAUGUCUUCUAAGUUUAUGGGCCACAAGUUAAAUUAAGUAAUAAGGAAGGUGAAGCAAUUACAGAUCCGAAUAAUGAUUUAUCUGAUGAAGGGGAUUAUAGAAACUUAGUUGCUGUUGAUCCAAGAUCUUCUUCUAUUGGAAUCAGAAUGGUUACUAAUGAGAUGCCAGAUUUAAAAGAAAAUGAUAUUUAAGUUUAGGAUUUAGCCCAUUUUGAAAUCUCAAGAUUGACAGAAGCUAUUUUUGAAGGAAAAGAAGUUGUCAAUAAAAUACCCUUCUAAGUUAAUUUUGAUUUCUGGAAUUCUAUCAACUUAACUAAAGGUUGCUAUGUAGGUUAAGAAUUAACAGCAAGAACCUAUCACACUGGUGUUAUUAGGAAGAGACUGCUACCUUUUAAAGUAGUCUCCAAUAAUAAUACCACUAAUUUGGAAGACUAAAUAAUCAAUAAUGGUGAAUAGGAAGUAGGCAAAGUUGUGAAGAGUUCAAACAAUUUUGGGAUUGCUAAUGUUAAUUACUUAGAUAUAGAUUUGGAGAAAGAGUAUUAAGUAGGCAACUAAAUAAUUUCAUUUAUAUUAUAAGAGAAACUUAGGAGUAAUUUGAUUAAGUACAUUGAAUUAAUUUAAUAGAGAAAAUGA